AUGGCAGACACAAAGGUCUACCGCGCAAGCACCACCGCCCCCGUCAACAUUGCUGUUGUCAAGUACUGGGGCAAGCGUGACGCAAAGCUCAACCUCCCCACCAACAGCUCCCUCUCCGUGACGCUGUCCCAGAGCGAUCUCCGCACCCUCACGACCGCCUCCUGCUCCUCCUCCUACACCGGCGACGACAGCCUGCUGCUCAAUGGCGAGCCCUCCGACGUUUCGGGUGCGCGAACCCAGGCCUGCUUCCGUGAGCUGCGCGCCCGCCGAGCUGCCCUCGAGGCUGCCAACAACUCGCUGCCCAAGCUGUCCACUUUCCCCCUGAAGAUCGUCUCCGAGAACAACUUCCCCACGGCCGCUGGUCUGGCUUCGUCUGCCGCCGGCUUUGCUGCCCUCGUCCAGGCCAUUGCCAACCUCUACGAGCUCCCCGACUCUCCGUCAGAGCUGUCCCUCAUUGCUCGCCAGGGCUCUGGCUCUGCCUGCCGCAGCUUGUUCGGCGGAUAUGUCGCCUGGAGAAUGGGUGACAAGGCGGACGGCAGCGACUCCAUGGCUGACUUGGUUGCUCCCGCCUCGCACUGGCCCAGCAUGCGAGCGCUGAUUCUGGUUGUCAGCGCCGCCAAGAAGGGCGUCUCGUCCACCUCUGGCAUGCAGCAGACUGUCGCAACUUCGGGCCUGUUCAAGGAGAGAAUAGCCACCGUCGUCCCCGCCAACAUGGCCCUGAUGGAGGAUGCCAUCAAGAACCGCAACUUUCCUCAGUUCGCCGAGGUCACUAUGCGCGACUCCAACUCGUUCCACGCCACCUGCGCCGACACCUACCCCCCCAUCUUUUACAUGAACGAUGUGUCCAAGGCCUCCAUCCGCGCAGUCGAGGCCAUCAAUGCUCAGGCUGGCAAGACCAUUGCCGCCUACACUUUUGAUGCCGGCCCCAACUGCGUUGUGUACUACCAGGAGGAGGAUGCGGCGACGGUGCUGGGUGCUUUUGCGCCGAUCCUGGCCACCGCCGAGGGCUGGAAGGAUGGAAACGUCGUAAACGCCAGUGUCAAGCUGGAUGAGGGCAUCGCCGGCACUAUCAAGGAGGGCGUCAGCAGAGUCAUCAUGACUGGCGUUGGAGAGGGUCCUCUCAAGACGGAUGAGUUCCUGGUUGCUGAGGAUGGCACGCCUGUGAAGCGAUAG